AGUAGCCACCUGGUUGACAAAUUUAAAACAUGGUAGCCUCCGUAAUGUGUCACGCCGGUAGGAUAGCUGUGUCUUUUUCAAGCCAAGUUUAGUUUUUAUGAAUGAAUUGUAACGUUUUUGUAUUAGGAGUAGCUUUGGGUGACUUUUUACAUAAAUGUCGGCGUCGCUGGUUUUCAACGUGACAAAGGUCAGACCGCUCUUUUCUCAGUGCAGGGCGCUGUCCACCGACACACCGAUACCAGGGAAUGGAUCUCAAGGUGUCCCCACCGAAACACCGAUACCAGGGAAUGGAUCUCACGGUAUCCCUACUGACACACCGAUACCAGGGAAUGGAUCUCAAAGUGUCCCCACCGACACACCCGUCCAGCCUGAGCCCAAGAGACCCUGGAAGGACCCCAGCGGCUGCUCCGUGUUCCUCUUCCCGGGCCAGGGCAGCCAGUUUGUGGGCAUGGGACGCGGAAUGUUGAGGUACCCCAAUGUUGGAGAAAUGUUCAAAGUGGCCCAGAAGAUCCUCGGCUACGAUCUUCUGUCCCUCUGCCUGGAGGGACCCGAGGAGGAACUGAUGAAGACGGUUCACUGUCAGCCGGCUGUGUUUGUCACGUCCCUGGCUGCUGUGGAGAGGCUGAGCCAGGAAAACCCCAAAGCCAUUGAGACGUGUGUUGCAGCUGCUGGUUUCAGUGUGGGAGAGUUUACCGCGUUGGUCUUCUCCGGGGCUCUGACCUUUGCAGAAGCGCUGUAUGCAGUGAAGGUGCGCGCGGAGGCCAUGCAGAGAGCGUCGGAGCUGGUCCCCAGUGGGAUGCUGUCAGUGAUAGGCAAACCUCAGGCACAUUAUAAACACGCCUGCCUGCAGGCGAGAGAGCACUGUAAGACUUUAGGCUUGGAGGAGCCUGUCUGUUCCGUGGCUAACUAUCUCUUCCCCGACGGCAGGGUCAUCGCCGGGCACAAGGAGGCACUGGGUUUCCUGCAACAGAACUCCAGGCAUCUCCAAUUCGCGAGGACGAAAAUGCUGCCGGUGAGCGGGGCGUUCCACACCGACCUCAUGGCGUCGGCCGCUGAACCCCUCAAAGAUGUUCUCAGACAGCUGGAGGUGCGACGUCCGGAGAUCAACGUGUACUCCAACGUGGACGGCAAACGCUACAUGAGCAACAGGCACGUGCGGCGGCAGCUGGUCAAGCAGCUGGUGUCGCCCGUCAAGUGGGAGCAGUCGCUGCACGAGAUGUUUGAGCGGGAGCGGGGUCAAAAGUUCCCGCACACCUACGAGGUGGGACCCGGGCGGCAGCUGGGCGCCACGCUGCUCAAGUGCAACCGCAAGGCCUUCGGCGCGUACACGCAUGUGGAUGUCGUCGUGGCAGACACAGGUUGUGACUGACAUUUAUUAUAAUUUUUUUUUAUUGAAUAAAGAGACAAUUUGAAG